AUGUCACGUGUCGCCGGCAUUGCCGACGAGGGCUCGUCGCACAACUUUGACUUGACCCCGUUGACCCCGUCGACCCCGUUGAACGAAGCCGACAAGACGACGGCUCCGCUCUCUGCGGGCCUGCAAGAGCCAAAAAAAAAAGGUGUCGAAAUUCGCAGUGCAGCGGUGGUUGCAGCAAACGACUUGACCGGAUCAGCCAUGACGAACCACUGA